AUGUCCCAGAGUGUGGAGUCAGGGCCGGCAGUGCACUACAGCGCGGCCCUCACAUCCAUAGAUGCCAGCCAGUACGAGGCACAGCUGGCCACCAAGGUGGCUUGGCUGGAGACCCUCUUCCAGGAUCUGGAGCACCCACCCUUUGCCAUCCACCGCUCGGAGCCCGAGAAUUUUCGCAUGAGGACCGAAUUUGAUGUGUGGCACUCCGGCGACAGCCUGGAGUUCCAGAUGUUUGAAAAAGACCCCAAGACCGGCGAGCGCAGGCCUGUGCGCGUGGACCAAUUUCCCGUUAACCUGCACACGACCCUGAGCGGGCAGGCCAUGGUCACCCUCCUGUACCACAGGAAGCUCGGGGAUGCAUGGCAGGAAGCUGCCCAGAAGCUGCGGGUCUGCCUGGGCGACCUGGCGUCCCCCAUCCACAUCAUCGGUCGCAGCAGGGGCCAGAAGAUCUGCCUGGACGCGGACGAGGUGGAGGAGACCCUCACGGUUGAGGGCCAGACGCUGCGCUACGUGCAGGUGGAGGCCAACUUCUCGCAACCCAACGCGGGCAUCUCGCUGUACUGCGGCAACGGCAACUUCACAGCGGCGCUGGCGCCGCGCUUCCGCCGCGUGGUCGCCACCGAGGUAAGCAAGCGCAGCGUGGCCGCGGCGCGGCGCAACUGCGCCCAGAACGGUGUGAACAACGUGUUCCUGGCUCGCAUGCGCUCCGAGGAGUUCACCGAGGCCUGGAGGACGGGGGGCAAGAAGGAGAGGCUAAAGGGGUUGGAUCUCGUAGAGUGUGACUUCCAGACCCUGUUGGUGGACCCACCCCGAGCAGGCUUGGACCCGGACACCCUUCAGCUCCUCCAUGAAUUCGACAAUGUCAUCUACAUCAGCUGCAAUCCUGGCACGUGA